AUGUCGUCGAAGCAGGAAGAAGAUGCCCACGUGGAGGAAGUGGAGCUCGAGAGGAAGGACGGAGACAAGUCCGCCGCGGAGCUCGUGACUGUCGAGGAGCAGGAAGAGUUUCUACGUGUGCUGAAACAGCUCAACUUGGUGUCGGCCCCGCCUCCGGCCGCACGAACAAAGGCCGAGUCGGACUACAAAUUCUGGAAAACCCAGCCCGUGCCGGGCAUUUCGGAAAACCCGGUGGACCACGCCCCCAUCGACAGCCCCAAGACAGUUGAUGAUGUUCGUGCGACGCCGCUCAAGCUUCCUGCUGGCUUUGCAUGGUGCGACUUGGACAUGACGGACGCUGGCGACGCCAAGGAACUGUACGAUUUGCUGUACCAAAACUACGUCGAGGACGACGACAACAUGUUUCGGUUCGACUACUCGAUUGAGUUCCUCAAGUGGGUGCUCACAUCCCCAGGGUAUCACAAGUCGUGGCACGUCGGUGUGCGCAACGAAAAGACUGGCAAACUCAUGGCGUUCAUCAGCGGCAUCCCGACCAAGAUCAAGGUGUACGACCACACGAUGCCCAUGGCGGAAAUCAACUACCUGUGCGUGCACAAGAAGCUCCGAACGAAGCGACUGGCACCAGUGCUCAUCAAGGAGAUUACUCGUCGUGUCAACCUUCUCGACGUGUGGCAGGCAGUGUACACGGCAGGCGUCGUGCUCCCGAUGCCCGUCUCGACCUGCCGAUACUACCAUCGCAACUUGAACCCGAAAAAGUGCAUUGAAGUCGGGUUUUCCCACCUCCCGCCCAACAUGACGAUGACGCGCACGAUCAAAAUGUACAAGGUGCCCGAAGAGCCGACGCUGGCCAACUUUAUCCCGAUGCAGCCCAAGCACGUGUCUUGCGUGACCGGGCUCCUCCGUCGGUACCAAAAGAAGUUUCACUUGAAGGCCGACAUGAACGAGCACGAAGUCGCGCACUGGCUGCUGCCGCGCGACGGCGUCGUGAAUACGUACGUCGUCGAGAACUCAGAGUCGCACAAGGUGACCGACUUUUGUUCGUUCUACCACUUGCCGAGCACGAUCAUUGGGAAUGCGACGCACAAGACGCUGUUCGCUGCGUACUCGUUCUACAACGUUGCGACGUCCGUGUCGUUAACGGACCUCAUGCAGAACUGCCUCAUCAUGGCCAAGGCCGCCAACAUGGACGUGUUCAACGCGCUCAACUUGAUGGAAAAUUCCGAGUUUUUGGACGAACUCAAGUUUGGCAUGGGCAGCGGCGAACUUCAGUACUACCUGUACAACUGGCGCUGCCCCCGCAUGCCCCACGACAAAGUCGGCCUCGUAUUGCAGUAG